UGUGUUUGUGUGUUCUUUUUGUGAGGAGAAUUUCUCUGCGUGCAGGUGGAACGCGCGAGCGGUCUGUGUCGGGGCUUGUCUGCAUAUUAGUUGGGAAUGCACUCUUGUUUUGAGCUUUGACAUUCGGGCGGUGGGUAUUGUUAGCGGAUGUUCGUCUAAGAUAACGUGCCUGUGGGUGCCCUUAAGUAAUUCGGUUAUGAGGGAAUCUUGGGACACGUGGGUUUCUCGGAACUAGACAGGUGAUAUGAGCUGUGGCGGAGGAUUCAGAAGGAGCUGUGAAAGUGGAGUUUUGUGGAGAAUUUGGGGCGAAUUGUGGUCUCGAGAGGGGCAGAGAGAAUGAGCGAGCGAGCUUGGCGUAGCAGUUAAGUGUUGCGGAAGGAGAGAUAGUGGAUUUAGUUGGUUGGAGUAGUUUUGAGGGAAAGAAGGUGGUGGCUGAGGAUUGGAGGUGUGCAUCUAAACUAAUUCAGUUGCAACACUCUCGUGUAAUUGGUUUUAAUGAACUUUAGGGCUUGGAAGUUUUGUAGAAGUGUCCGGAUGGCACACACUUUGGCACCAUGCGGUUGUCAAGUAAGAGUGUCGGCUGGUUUCGUGGAGGAGAACGGGGGUGGACCUUAUUGCGAAGUGAAUAGCGGUGUCGUGAUCACUAUGUUUUGAACUGGGAAGGAGAUUGCACGAUUGAUGGUCACUGUACAAGGUGGUGGUCAGCUUGUGGUGUUAGUGGCGGUUUUUCGUCUCGUCGACUCCAGAUUGUAGAGAAUGUUGAGCAGAGAUGAGUUGGGCUUGAUGUGGUUGGAUGAGAUUGGGAUCUGUUUUGGCCCUGCAGCAGAUGUAUUCUGGGAAGAGAAAGUGCAUGAAUGCAGAAAUACGGGGUUAUCUCAGUCCUGAAGAGGGGACCCCUUCUAUAUUGUACACGUGAGGAUUACAAUUUUCACCAAGUUUUCCGAUUCACAAUAGGCCUGGGAGCAACGUUUACCUUGGCGUUUGUGCUUCCUUGAGGCGAAUCUGACUGAAAUUGCCUUGCUAAGUCUCCGGAGAGGGUUGGUUAUGCCGAGAGAAAAUCAUACGGACGAUUUAGACAUUGUCUGAAAAGUCUCGCAUCGUUAAGCGUUGCAGCUUGUGUUUCAUCUAGGUAGGGAAAGAACAAAUUGACUGUGGUUAGAGGGAGCGACUAUGCGCUCUGGGGCAGCAGCAGUGCAGAACACAUUGACAUUGCCCGCGCAACAGGUUCUGACCCGUGCCAUAAACAAUGCACAUGGGCGUGGGCACGCUCAAGUCCAGCCUUUGCAUGUAGCUUUUGUGCUGCUGGCUCACGAGGAUCCCCUGCUGCGCCAGGCAUGUGCGGAUACGCAUUCUCAGGCCUCGCACGGGCUUCAACAAUGCCGCGCUUUAGAGCUGUGUUUCAACGUUGCCCUUGAGCGGCUUCCGCAGUCCUCCUCAAGCAGCACUGUGCAUCCUCUGGGGCUGUCAAAUGCCUUGGUUGCGGCGUUGAAACGUGCCCAGACACACCAAAAGCGAGGAUGUCCCGACCAACAGCAACCGCCGUUGUUAACGGUGAAGGUCGAGAUAGAGCAGCUCAUAAUUUCCAUCUUAGAGGAUCCCAGCGUCAGCAGGGUCAUGAAGGAGGCGGGAUUCCAGAGUCAGAAGGUGAAAACCAACCUCGAGAACGCGAUAGGUCUGUCAGCUUCACUGCAGCAAGGCAGCGCGAACCUCCCCAGUUACAAACCUUCUGCUCCAGAUAAUCAUCCACUUCCUCUUUUAAUGAACUCAGCCAAUGGACUCUAUGGGAAUCAACAGUUUGCGACCUUGGAAAAACCUUCUUUCGUUCUAAAGGAAGAUAUAAAUUUAAGAUCGUUAAAAGUCAACGCUCACGACCAAGAGUCGAGGCUUUCUCUUCCUCUUGUUGGUUGUAUGGGAACGACAGCAUCCAUGUCACCAUUGGAAUGGGACACACUAGAGGCUACUGCAGAUAAAAGUUAUGUUUGUUGCUCAGAGUGUAUGGCUCAUUACAAUGCAGAAUGUAAGCAAAUACAGGCACAAGACAGUGGUCAAGCGCCAAUUUGUCAAUCACCAAGCAGUGAAGGAGAGGGCACUGUCACUCCUUUACCAUCUUGGCUUCGAAGGGCAAAGGACAUGAAAUCUGAGCUGGAGAUGCCCCAGUUGCAUUCACAGCAACUUUAUCGCAAAUGGCUAUUGACUUGUAUGACCUCACACCCUGAAAGGCAAGUCAAUUCAGUUUCUUCGCCAGGUAGAGAUGGAGGACCCAGUCUGCUACAUCAUAGCUGGAUUAAUGCUAGUAUACCCAAUAAUGCUGAAAACUCUGGGUUGGUGAUUCCAAAGUCAACGCCUCUUCAAUCCAAGGACAUGACACCGCCUCCAACUCAGAAGCCAAACCUGUCGUCGCCUCUUCCACAUUGGGCUCGUGGUCUUUCUUCAGCUGCCGUGCCAGAUUGUUCAUUGACUAGUAACGCCGGUACAGCUGAUUCCAAAUUGUUCAGGGUGGAGACCGCAGAGAAGCAAGUAGAGAGUUAUCAAGCCAAUGGGAAGAUUUCGCGGCAGGAAGGACAAGGGUUGCCUGAAGAUGUAGGACCUGUGUCAAGUCCAAGCCCUUUGUCGAAAUUGAAUGCUUCUUUGUCAAUCACAAGUCCAAGCCCCUUAUCGAAAUUGAGUGCGUCUUUGCUUAUUGGUAAAUCUAACCCCGCUCCAAGCCCAAGCCCUCUAUCAAAAAUUGGCUCUUCUAUCCCUAGCACAAACCCGAGCCCCUUAUCAAAAUUGAAAGCUUCUUUGCCCAAGUCCUCUGCAUCGUCAUGUCCUCUUAAAGGGAAUGUUUUGUCGAGACCAAGUCCUUUGUCAGUACUUAAAACCUCGAAGCCCUCAUCCAAUUCACCAUUGAAGGGGAAUUUCACUCUUGUUCGUCCUCAAAAUCUUUCUCCUAAGCCUUCACUGAACCAACCAGUUGAUAUUCUGGCAAAAGAUGAUCAACCUUCCCUCUUUGAUCACAAGGCUGCUGAAAGGCUCAAGCAUGUAUACAAAGGUUUGUUAGACAGGGUUGCGUGGCAGGGCAGGGCUGUUUCUACAAUUGCAACAUCAAUAGUGAAUGCACAAACUGGAAGGGGCGCGUUACGGGGUAAUAUUUCUAGGGCAGAUACAUGGUUACUUCUGUUGGGGCCUGAUCAAGUUGGGAAGCGGCUUGUUGUUGAUGCUCUUGCUGAGCUUGUAUUGGGGGUUGGUGCGAAGCCAAUUUGUUUUGGAGAUUUGGGAUUCUCAAGAUGGGGAAGAAAGGUUGAAGAAACCGAUGGCUUACAGCUCAGAGGUCGUACAGCAGAGGAUUCGGUCGCUGAUGCUAUUCGUGCUAAUCCUCUUUCUAUUUUGUUUCUUGAAGAUAUUGACCAAGCUGACUUUGUUCUUCGAUCAAAGCUAACCAAGGCUAUGGAGACUGGCAAAUUUUCCGAUUCAAAUGAUAGGCAUAUCAGUGUGGGCAACUCUAUCAUAAUAAUGACCUCAAGAUUGGGAGCAGAUUGUAACUCAGGAAUAGGGAAGGAGAACACUUUUUCUGAAGCAAGAGUUUCUUCCUUGAAUGGUGCGAGGAUGUCAUUACUUCUUCGACCGCCCAGGGAGCAAGAAGUUGUUUUUCAAGGGGAUUCGGAUAUUAGUGUUGUGAGAGAUACGAUCUCUGCUUCGCUUCUGGAGAAGCCUGCGAACUUGCUGUUUGAAGGUCAGCUCUUGAAAAGAAAGCCCAGUGGCUUUUUAAGUAGGGCCCUAAAGAAAUGUUCGACACCAACUGGGCGCAGUGUCGCCUUGGACUUAAAUCUCUCUGCGGAAGAGAACGAAGCUGUCCUGACAGAAGCGGUGGCAAGUUUCAAAGAAAAUGCCACUAAAGCAUGCACCUUGGAUCCAAUCCUUCGUGCUGUCCAAGAGGUGUUAUCUCCAAAGUUUGUCUCUCUGGUGGACUGUGCAGUAGUGUUCGAGCGUUUUGACUUAAUGGGGCAAGCGAACUGGCUAUUAUCACAAUUAUCUAGUGCGUGCUUUGGCCUCAUACCAAAGGUUUGUUCUAGGAUCGAGGUUGACUUUCAGCUUUUGGAGCACAUGGUCUCAAUCAUCUGGCGAACACCAAAUGGUCGCCUAGCAUUUGAAAACUGGGUUGAAAAAAAACUCAAAUCUUCCUUAAAUGCUUUUACGUCCCACUCAGGUGUGAUCGAAAAUAGGGUGCUGAGGUUCGCUUAUGAAGACAGUUUCUCAAAGGAGCUGUGCUCUAGUUCAGAGCUACCUCUUCAAAUCGAAAUAGGCUGCAGUUGAAGUUCUAUUUAUUUGCCUUUCUUUUUAUUUCCUUUUUAGUUUAAAUUUGUUGCGUUCAAGUAUGCUGCUGAGUGUUUAGAAAACCUAGCAGCGUGUCUUCCUACCGCUGCUUAGUUUAGGACAGAUUCCUUGAAGUUAAGGAUGUGUGUAUAAAGAUACACCCAGCGUGCAUACCUGAAGGGUUGAAAAGUGUUGAAUUCACAGCGACCCUAGAAAAAAGCGUUAAGAUUGUAAACUGCUUGGAGGCAUUUGUACUAAUCAUUUUGAUCUAUUCCACAGCUUUUACACAAGUCUCCAUUCUUUCUCCA